UUGCCUAGCUUGCUACAGCAUCGUACUGAUCUUUGUUCCAACGAUCAAGAUGAGCUUUGGCUUUUCGCCCGGAGAUAUUGCGCUAUUCGCGAAAUUCAUCACCAAGGUCAUCGACGCGUUGAAGGAUGAAGGCGGUUCGCAGUUCGAGUAUCAGUCAGCUAUACAGCAAUGCCAGGAUGUCCUGGACCUGAUGGACGAUGUCGCACAAUUGGACUUUUCUAGUGUUCCACAGUCACUUAAGACCAAGGUUGAGGCGCGAUUGGAAAGCACAAAGUCCAUCGUGUCGGAUUUCAAGACGAUGAUUGCGCGUUAUGAGAAUUCGAUGGGAAAAUCUUCAAAGCGCAAUGCAGCUAAAAGUGCAUUGCGAAAGGUGCAAUGGGCAUUCGAUGCGGCAGAGGACUUGAGCAGAUUCCAGCCCCGACUUUCUGCGCAACUGCACAUGGUGCAGAUUGUCCUACAAAUGAGCGUUUGGAAGUUCCUUAACGUAACCCCGCAAUCAAAUCGACUGCUAGCUGCCCCAAAACCAACCCAACUAGUUGAGGAUAGCCGAUCGUCUUCGCGUCAACUACCCUACAUGCUCAAUCGCGGACUUCUAGACCAGGACCAGGUGCAAGGGCUGGCAGUACAGAUCACGGACUUAGUCUAUCAAAGACUGCUCACGCGACCGUCUAUUGGCAUGAAUAUUCCGGGUAGGGCUUUCACGUUGCCAGGAGAUGAGGCCGCUGUGAUGCUCAGGCAGCCUCAACACGCAAAAUCGCCGCCGGAAAACAGUGCACUGGGGUCGGGUAUGAUAGCCUCUAUAUCCUCUCCCUCUCAAACUACCUCACGACAAGAAGAGGGAAACACAUCGUCGCACAAAAACAAGGCUUCCAGCUCAUCUGUGGCUCAAUACAAGCCUACAGAACCAUUGAUAGAGGAGAUAAAUGAGCACCUCCAUGAGCUGAAUCUCGGACUGCUCUCGGACGCAGAGAUACAAGGUCUUGACGAUAUAGCUUUGCCACGCUUACUCUCAGCAGACUCUCAUGAGAUGCCAGAGAGCGAUCACAACGGACCAGUCAAAGAAGAAAAUCCGCAACCGCGCCGAAGAUUUCGAACCAAGUUCAGAGCACCUGGAGUAGAUCCCCUUUCCACGCUAUCUUUGGCUUCCAAUAUUAUACAAUUCGUCGAUUUCGCAGCCAGAAUCGCAAAUCAAGCAAAUCUUAUAUACAGGGAUAACAAUAGCGGGAAUGACAAGUUUCGGACGUUUUCGGGAAGAGUGACACAAUACACCCAGCUACUAAACGUAGUAGCUGAGACUGUGAUGGCUAAGAUGGACGAAGACGGCCUCCAAUCCUCAAUAACACAGCUGCUGUCCGAGACUCAGAGAGCACUUUCAGAGGCCAGAGAUAUUUUUGAGAGAUACAUUGUGGGUAGAGCUUCGGGAUCUAAGAUCACGGCUGCGAGGUUGAUGUUCACUUGGAAAAGAGAUCUAGAGCGGAUUUCGGGUGUCAUGGAUGAGAUAGAGGUUCUGAAGGCAAACCUCAUCAUCAUCCUCCAGACGUCGCAGAUUAGGGCGCAAAGUAGAAUUGAUUUCAGACUGAAGGGACAAAGCUAUCAAACGGUCGUGGUUUAGAAAUUCACAUUUCAAAGGAUCACUCAAUGAUAUGUACUUGCGAAACACUAUAGACUGAUGAAUUACGGCACAUUUAAUUACAUUUCCUCGCUACAUAAGUCGGGCCGCGAAAUUGUGAACUUUUGAAAUCCGGUCUACGUAAAAAAGUCAAGAUGGACAAGCCACAAAGCAUUCCUGAUUCAAGAAUAACGGCAAUUGAUAUGGCAUGUAAGAAGAAUGAUCAAAAGCUCUCAAUCCGGC